CUUGGAUCAUAACAUACAAAUGACUGUCCAGGUUCUGGACCUGAGCCAUGACGUCAGAGCCAUCAAGUCUCUGACCGGAGACAACGGGGAGAACUUCAACCGCAUCGUGAUGGAGGUGGAGCUGCUGGGGCAGGACUGUGAGCUCUGUGGGAAGGUGGAGGAGGAGCUGCGAAGGCUGAGGAACGAGUCCCAAGACCUGAGCAGGAUCCAGGAGGAUCUGCAGAACAUGCAGAACCAGAUCCGCUCCAUCCAGACCAGACUGGACUCGGAAGGAGGUGGCUGCGACCGGACCUGCUCGCUGCUGCAGGACGAGGUUCGUGUGCUGCGAGCCGAAGUGAAAAGGUGCAGCGAGCGAUGCGGGACGGGUUCUGAUAGCUUCACAGGUGAUGGUUCCACUGGUACCAGUGACCCUGGUUCUGGUGGAUUUGGCCCCAGCUUGGAUGCAGAGAAGCCUUUAGAUGGUCACAGCGUGAUCGGAGGAUCCUUCAACAACAACCAGCUGAAGUCCCUGCAGGGCGAGCUCACCGAGGUCAUCUUCGCCUUCAGCUCCAUCAACGACACCCUGAAGGGUCUGGAACACACGGUGCAGAAACAUAGCAGCGUCAUAACGGACCUGGGAAACACCAAGGAUAAGAUCAUCUCUGAGCUGGACAAGAUGCAGCAAGAGGUGACGGAACACAUCCAGGAGAGCCUGGGAAACCUGGACAGGAUGGACCGGGAUUUCCGGCGCUUCGAGAACAUGAUGGUGGUAGAGAUGGGGGAAUGUAGGAGGUCCGGAGAAGGACUGGAGAAGAGACUGUCCAAGAUGGAAGGAGUGUGUGGAAGGCUGGACGGCGUCUCUGAAUCCAUCAAUAAGGUUAAAGAAGGAAUGAACCAUCAUGUGUCGGGUUUGUGGACGUACGUUUCUGGUCUGAACCAGUCUGUCAGCCAACAUGGAGGAAUCCUGAACUUUAUUCAGAAGAGCCAGGACGACAUCCACAGCAGGAUGAAGAACCUGAACUCCAGCCUGAACCAGGUGCUGAAGCUCCAGCAGAGCUUCUCUGGCGCCACGGGACCCCCAGGACCUCCAGGAAAAAUAGGCCUCCCUGGGGUGCAGGGCCCCCGGGGGCCCCCCGGACCUCCUGGACUAAAAGGAGAAACUGGCUUACAAGGUUUGCCAGGGCCCAAAGGUGAACCAGGUCCUCCUGGAGUUGAUGCCCACAGACACAGGCUGUCCUUCUCCGCCGGCCUCACCGCCCCCAAGGAAACCGCAGGAACCGUCGUCUUCAACAAAGUCUUCGUCAAUGAGCGCAACAUCUACGACCCGGAGACAGGUAAGAAUCUGUCCUCCUCAGGUAUUUUCACCGCCCCUCUAGCUGGUCACUACUACUUCAGCGCUGUCCUGACGGGCUACAAGAACGAAAAGAUCGAAGCGGUUCUGGCCAAGUCCAACUACAGCGUGGCCCGGGUGGACUCAGGAGGCUAUCAGCCCGAGGACCUGGAGGCCAAGCCGGUGGCCAACUCCAGGACCAGUUCCGGCUCUCUGGCCGUCUUCAGCAUCGUCCUGCUGCUGCAGAGCGGCGACACUGUGUGCAUCGACCUGGUGAGGGGGAAACUCCCUCAGGCUAUGGAGCCCCUCACCAUCUUCAACGGCAUGCUGCUCUACGAAAAACCGUAAGCCUUCAUCUGUCUCUGAGGGGGGGGCGGCGGCCUGGAUUCAGGACAAACCCACUGGAGGAGGAGGGACUGGACUCAAAGCUGAGAACAUGGAGCAGCUAGAGGGUUUAUUUGUGUCUUACUCUGUCCAAUCAGCACAUCUCAUACGGUCACAUGAUCGGACCCAAUCGCCUCUGAAGCUGAGCUGUAGGAACCGAACCACUUCUGUGCUGAAGAGUUAGAAGAACCACACCCUGUCGACUGCAGCUCCUCGCAACCACAAAAAAACUUUAUUCAGUUAAACAUUAAAGUUUAAUAUCAUAAACAUCCAGGAUCUGGACCGGUAAUAUGAUGUUUGUCCAGCGGGGGGAGCUAAAGAGCUCAGGACUGAUACAUUCUGACUCCUGUUGGAAAUUUGAUCAGAAGUUUUCUAAAAUAUGUGCCGUUUUCUAUCGAUCUGCCAGAGGAGAAGCAGAUCGGUGCAACUCCUCCAAACCCCGACCCAAAGUGUUACCAUGGCAACCUUUAGAACCACAGGCCUUGUUGUUUUUAUUCAUAUAUUCACUCAGAUGAAAAUCAUCAUAAACAGGAAGAAACUUCCGGCUCAAUGAUCCAAGUUUAGCCCGACCAGAACCUCCAGAACCGCCAGCUUUGGACUCCGUUUAGACUCGGAGUCUGAACAGGUCCUCAAACUUUAAAAAGUUUCCAUGUGAAAAUAUAAACAAGAAAACUAAUUUUUGUUCCCUUUUUGGUAAAAGCUUCCAGAAACACCGUAAAUAUAAGUUUCCAGAAUACUGAAGGGUGACCGCUUCAUUUAGCUACCAUGCAGGGCAGCCAGUCGCGUUUAGAAGCGCUAAUCCUGGAAAUUAGCGAAAUUAGUGGCAUAAAUCUAAUAAACAGAUCCAGAUUUUAUAGGAUACUCUCUCCUCAAACGGUCUGAUGGUGAUUAGCCAAAUUAAUCAGAAAGUAAAGCUUAAACCAUCUUGCAUGCUGAGGUGAGUGAAGUGCUAGCGUAGCUUAGCAUGAGUGAUGUGUGAGUAAGAGCCAUCAGCCCUGAAGGAUUCUGCCAGAAAUCAGUACAGCCUUUUUUUCUCUACCAUUAUUGUGAUUUGAUUGUGACUUUUCUUUGCACUAAACACAGUUAGGAAGUGAGACAAACGGCUCAUAGUCCGAGUCGGUGGGAUUUACAGCAAAUAUUCUGGUCCUGUUUCUGUACUCCAGUUUCUCUGACCACAGCUGCUUCUGAUUCCUGUCAGAACCACAGGAUCAAACAAUCCAUUAAACAGAACCCGUCUGACAACAUGAAGCAGGCUAAACACUAUCAAACACCAGCAGGUCAUGUGAGAGCCUUUAUCCACGCCCAGAGAACACGCUCAUCAACGGAGAGGCUAACCAACUAAAAUCACUCCAAGAGCUCCCCAACAAUUCAUCCAGGAGGGCACAUCCAGAUACAAACAUCAAGCUCUGCAAGCCUUAUGACAUCAUUAAAGCAUCAGAGGUCAAGGUUCAACCUUAAGGAGAGAAACUGAGCCAUAAUGGUGUCAAACCUGAGAGAGAGGCGGGGCCACGCUGGACAGGCUACCUGCCCAUCGCUGGGCGACGCAGAAACACACUGGACACACAACCAGACGCGCACUCAUAGCCUCGCUAACCUUUGGAGCCCAACAGACGGUGGAAGAAAGCUAGAAAAGCUGGAGAGAACUCGGAUAUUUACUGGGAGAACUGGUGAAAUCCAAGCAGAAACAACCAGGCUGGGCUUUAGAGUUGGAGCUCAUCCUGCUGCAUCUAUGAAGCCGUGGCUUCUGAGAGCCAGAUGAGGGUUCUAGAAUGGCCUACUCACUGUUGCACAACCUCAAUCAGCUCUUUAUGCUCUACGGUGUGGAAUUCAACUGACACUUUAUUAGAAAACUAAUUUAUACACAGAUAUGUAGAAUUUGAUCAUUGCAAUCAGACAGUUCUAAGUCAGUUAUAUCUAACCAAAGAUUGUCCCGGUUUCUGCAGAGCAGGCAGUUUAGUUUAUGACUCAACAUGGUUGAAACUUUUUAAUCUAAAGAAACCAGGCUGACUGUAUAGUGCACAGUUAACGUCUGAUGAGAGAGAAACAGGAGCAAACCUCCAGUCAUUUUCUUUGUAUGAGUUUCCAUAAAGAAUAAAAAAUCCUGUCUUUAAAAUAUUUGUGAACUCAAAGUUAAUUCAAAGUAGCAUCGUUUCCAGAAUCAUUAAAUGUUAAACAUAUUUACAUAACCUGCUCAAAGAAUUUAAAUCAAACCAGAUUUACUUUAAACCAACAAGCUGUCACCUGCAUAGCAUGCAGCAUGGACUGUUGGAGCUGGUAU